AUGGAUUACCUCAAGUUUCUCAUCUUGUUGAAGCAGAAGAUGGGCGCCAAAUCCGUGUCAAUUGCUGCUUCUGCGUCUUACUGGUAUCUCAAAGCUUUCCCGAUCGACAGAAUCGCUAAGGCUAUUAAUUAUAUUGUUUACAUGACAAAGUCGUUUUGGCUCCUCAUUGCGGUUUUCUUAGCCAAUAACUCCAUCUCUUCAACAGAUAUGACCUUCAUGGACGGCGGUAUAGAUUCUACGGGACAGCUUAUGCGUCUGCUACCCGCGCUUAAGGACAGAGGCGCAGGCAGCAUGUGGAAACGUGUGUGCUUCAAGCCCUCUAUUGACAAAUUUGACGAAAACGACUUCAGAGACAACAUGGGCAGAGAUCCUUGGAUACGGACCCAAGUCACAUCCUUGGUGACUGGCAAGAAAAAGCCCCGAACAACCAAGACAGUAACCAUCACGGAGUUCUCGGCCACCGUCUCGAUCCUAUCGCAAUUAUCCAUUGCUAGAUAUCUGCCUGUACCUCAAAACAACAUGGAUGAUGGCCAAUCGGAGAACAAAUGUUGGCCCAGUGCUAUCGCGCCAUUGGAUCCUGGGUUCGCGCUUCUGGAAGUCGACCCUUAUUAUGAGGGCAUGCGGCCGCCAUACGACUAUGCUCAGCCAUAUGAUCCACCAAACAACGGAGUCUGA